ACUCUCAUCACAACAAAAUACGAACUACACGAACACGGUUGCAAAUAAGGCCAGGGAAAACUGCAAAAAUCAAAUCCACACACACAGUCAAACAGCUAUAGUUAUUGUCGAUUUUGUUGGACCUAAGAAAAAAAGUGAAAACUGCGUCUCCUAGCUGAUUGUGCUAAACUUAUCAAAAUCAUGAAGUUCCAGUAUAAGGAAGAACAUGCUUUUGAGAAGCGUCGCGCUGAGGGCGACAAGAUUCGUCGUAAAUAUCCAGAUCGUGUACCCGUGAUUGUAGAGAAGGCACCCAAGGCACGCAUCGGGGAUCUGGACAAGAAGAAGUAUCUGGUGCCAUCGGAUUUGACUGUGGGCCAGUUCUAUUUCCUCAUACGCAAGCGCAUUCAUCUGCGUCCCGAAGAUGCCCUCUUCUUCUUCGUGAACAAUGUCAUUCCACCAACAUCGGCUACCAUGGGCUCCUUGUACCAGGAGCACCACGAGGAGGACUACUUCCUGUACAUAGCCUACUCCGAUGAGAAUGUCUAUGGCACCUACUAAUCUUAAAGGAAAUGGAGAUGAAGAUGAAAUGAACCCCCUAUACAGAAAUCUAUAUAUAUAAAUCAAUAUAUUUUAUGUUUAGCAUGCAGCUUAUACAAUACGACGCGAGUUAGCUAAACGAAUUGAGAAAAAAAAAACCACAAAAUGCAACAAGAUGAACUUAAAAAAAUGAUCUGAACAGAGGAAAUGAGCAAACCAACAAAAAUGAAUUGUUAUGUGAACCUUAUUUUAUAUAUAUAACUUUUUCUAUACACCUUAGUAUUUCCGAUUAAAA